CAACAACAGCAGAACAUUUAAUAUCAAUAUUAUUAUUGAUUCUCGAUAGUCCUGCCUUGGCGCCACCCACUGCUGUGCUGAAACCGGAACCGUGGAAGCUCCUCUCCUGCUUGGUUGGAGCCAGUUGAUGUGCGGGCGCCACAGUAGCUUUGUCCCUGUGUGAAGACCUCGGAGUGUGCGGCCACCAGCGCCGAUAGAUCAGGGGGGGCUUUGUUUGCUGCAGCCAAUCACUGCGGUGCUGCCGCCUGUGCUAGCGUCCAAACAUGACAGCCAGCACCAGCUCAAAAAAAAGGAAGAGACUGCCCAAAGGUAUUCCUCAAGGGUUGUUUAAAAGGGCCAUCGGGCGACCCUGUGGAAGACAACCAUUCAUUCUUUAAAAUAACCCCUUCCUACGACUCUGUUGGAUUUUGUUUCAAUUGCUGCCCAUCUUGUUUCCCUAUAUUGUCUCGUAAGCCUCAUGAAAAUGGCGACCACUUUCAAAGACCACAUCAUAGCCCUCAGUGGCACAUUCCCAAUGCAUAAACAAGCCGUUCUUAUAGACAAAAUUGAGUCUGGCGGUGGCACCUAUAGUGCAAAGGUCAUUGAUACAUGUACACAUCUUGUGACCACUCAAAAGGACGUAGAUGACAAUAAGCUAAAGUGUAAACAAGCUGCUGCGCUCAAAAGUAUAAAAAUUGUGUCCUGGAACUGGCUUCUAGAUUCAGCAGCAGAUGGCAAACCAGCUUCAGAAUCUUCCUAUCUCUUGACAACCCCAGCACCGACGCCAGCCACCAAUGGCAGGCCUCUGAGAUUAUCCAGAACCAAACAGCAGUCUAAUGGUUCCACCACUGUUAGCCAGGACGAUGAUGAGAAUGAUGUGCCAGCCGCAAACGCAGCACCUUCCAAAGGCAAGAAAUCAGCAGCCAGCUCAAAGGCCAAACGUCCUAUACCGGCGGAUGAUGAUGAUGAGGAGGAGGAGGAUAAUGCCACCAAACCCAAGUCCCAGGACGAACCCCCAGCGAAGAAGAAAAAGGAUUCCAAGCAGGCAUCUCCAACGUUAAAGGUUCCAGUUGAUGAAUUUUCACCAUACUGCUCAACUCAUGAGGUAUUUAUUGAAAAGAAUGGAGUCAUUUAUGACGCAGCAUUGAACCAAACCAAUUCCAGGAACAACAACAACAAAUUUUAUCUCAUUCAGCUGCUAGUAAACAAAACUUCUGGGAAAUAUACGACGUGGACGCGGUGGGGUCGAGUUGGCGAAAUUGGACAAAAAGCUGAGUUCCCCGGACUGACUCUAGACCAAGCGCAUGAUGUGUUUGCCAAGAAAUUCAGCAGCAAGACUGGCCUUUCCUGGAGUAACCGACUCAGUAGCCCAAGAGCUGGAAAAUAUACCUAUCUUGAAAGGAAUUAUGAGGACGAUUCAGAAGACAACGGCAAAAGUGAAAAGAAAGCUAAGAAGGAAGUCGAGGAAGAUGUGAAGAUGCCUGAAUGCACAUUGUCGCAGCCCGUUCAGGAGUUUGUUAGUCUUAUCUUUAACCAGAGGCACAUGCUCUCAACCAUGGCUAGCAUGUCAUACGACGCAAAUAAACUACCAUUAGGAAAGUUAAGCAAACGGAUUCUCAUGGCGGGGUUUGAGGUUCUGAAGAAUCUUUCAGAAUUAGUUGCAAACCCAUCACUUGCCAUGCAAAACUAUGGUCAGCCGUAUGGGCAGCUCACGGAGGAUCUGAGUAACCAAUAUUUUACCCUCAUUCCUCACGAUUUCGGACGUCGUCGACCUCCUGUUAUCGGCACUCUUGACCUUAUCAAGCGUGAAGUCGAACUUCUCGAAACUUUGACCGAUAUGGAGAUCGCCAACGAGAUCCUGAAGGGUGCCAAGAUGUCCAAAACUGGUCUUCAUCCUCUCGAUGUUCAAUUUGCAGGCCUUGGGCUGGAGGAAAUGACACCACUGGAGUCAGCUACAACCGAAUACAAGGAAUUAGAAAACUACCUCGUGAAGUCUCAUGGCAAGAGUCACUAUAUCAGCUACAAUCUGAAACAUAUUUUCCGCGUCGAACGCCGUGGUGAAAAGCAGCGCUUCGAAAGCUCUCCAUUCGCAAACUUACCAAACAGCAACCGUCGUCUCCUCUGGCACGGUUCCCGCAGCACUAACUACGGAGGCAUCCUCAGCCAAGGUCUAAGAAUCGCACCGCCCGAAGCCCCAGUAACAGGCUACAUGUUCGGCAAGGGGGUUUACUUCGCCGACAUCUCCAGCAAAUCUGCCAACUACUGCUGCGCGCACAGCAGCGACAGAAUCGGUGUGCUGAUGUUGUGCGAUGUCGAGUUGGGCAACCCGAUGCUAGAACUUGUCAACAGCGACUACGAUGCGGGCGAGAAUGCGAAGAAGCAGGGAUGCCUGUCGACGCUGGGCAAAGGCCUGACGGUACCGCGGGGAUGGAAAGAUGCGGGUUGUGUGAGCGAGAAUCUGAAGGGGGUUCUUAUGCCGGAUCUUUCCUCACCGCCGAAGACGCUGGAUCUUACGGAUGCUUGGUUGCUGUAUAACGAGUAUAUCGUUUACGAUGUAGCCCAGAUUCAGGUUAAGUACUUGCUAUACGUGCACAUGUCUUGAGGAUCGAUCUUUGUAUGAGAUUGACGUAUUUACUGGCGAGGAGGGAUAUGAGGGCUGUCCACGGGAGACAGGGGAAUGGUGGAAGGUGGGAGUCUAGAGACGAUCAAGGAAUGCCAAGUGCGACAUUCAACGUCAGGGGUUGUAGGAGUAUAUGCUUUGUUUGAAACCGUUACUACCUUUUCUCGCUUUUUAAUUUCUCAAACUCUCAUUGUCCCUUGAUAACUUCGAUGUAUUUCUGCAAGCCAAUGUCACUGAACCCUUUAUAGUUUUUACUGCUGACAUUUUAAAACAUAGAUACACAUUCCUUAGAUACGGAGUAAGGUAGAGAUGUGUCAUCUGCUACCAUCGAGGACACUCAAGUGGCGAGCUAAUCAUCUGGCGCUCCUCCACCUAACUAAUUCUUUCACCUGCUUUCCCUGAUGUGCUGUACAAUUGUACUGUUAUCAAUUCCGAUUGAGCCAUUUACGAUAAACUCCUCAUCUGCUGAAAAAGAAGGGGAAGGGGAGGGGGGAUUGCAUCAGCCAUUCUCAGUCCUCAGAUACUCAGUUAAUGAAACAAGAUGUUUGAUUUUAACUAAGUUUUCAAAAGCUAGCAAAACAAACAUCAACGCAGAUCACGCCCAU